UUCCCUUUGUUAUUUUCUGACUUGCAGACUCUAGCUGGUCAACACAAUGUCUUGCCCGGAAUUUCCUUACAUUCUAAAAUUAGAGAAGGAUCUAAGAAACAAUAGCAAAUCAAGUCUCUAAAUGUCCUGCUCUGGCUUGAGGCUUGGCUGUCAUUUAGACUUUCACCUACUUCCUUUUUUCUUAAACUGAUUUUACAUUAGAUAAACUGAAUUAAAAAGAGCUCAUGCUGCUCAAGAUCAAACUGAAUUUACUCUUCUCCUGAUAAAGCUUUUAAUACUCACAAUGAAGUGAUACACAUAUGAUUUCUGUUAAGCUUGAAUAAAUCUUAGACAGCAACCUUUGCCAAGCGUCACAGCCUAAAGGUUUACCUGGCCUGCGUAUGUGCAGAGACUGCAGCGGUGAGUUUUCAGGAUUCUGUAGUACACAAGCACAGGGGAGCUUUCUUUCCUAAGCUUCCUUACUUCAUUACAAGUUACUACAAAUCACGAGCAUACUAAUGAUUAAGAAAGCAGGUAUACAUCAACCUCUUAUGAAUUAUUAACAGGGAAGCACACAUAUACAUCUCUAUUAUCAAUAGAAGCAGCAAUCAAUGGUAGCAGCAAUCAGUAGUAAUACACGAGAAAAUACUCAAGGAUCAAUAUUAAAGGUUACUACAAACCUAUCCUUAGUAAAGAAGCGAAUGUACUUAUGAUUGGCUACCUAUACGUGCAUAUGGAAUAUACGUGCAUGGAAUACAUGUAUUCCAAAUGUUACCGGUAUCAGGUGUGAUCAAACUGAUCCCUCAAACCGACCUCAAAAACAGCCUAAUUGAGAAAAACAACCACAGAAAAGGGUCAAUGAAGAAAAUGGACUUCAGAAGUAAGGCACAACCCUUUUCCCCCCCCCCCCCCCCCCCCCCCCGAAGAGGGCCCAGGUGUGGCCCUCUUAAAAUAACAAGUCUCAUUUUGAAGAUGACCUGCCUUAGGGAGUUCAGAGUCAGCCAGGUGUCCCUAGCGAAGGUCUAGUUUGUUUAGGAAGUCCUGGAGGAAAAGGGAAAGUUUGUGUGGCACGAGAAGUUCUUAUAGAGAGAGAGGCUUCCUUUUUGGUCCAGACCAGGUCAUUUUUGUGUCACAGAGAUGUAAGAGGGUUUAGGACACCUCCUAUUAGAUCAGCCAAGAGAUGCUGCUAAUUUCUGUGAUUUUUCACUGGCGACAACCAGUGAUGUUUCCUAUUCUCUCAGAUAAAAAUCUUACAUUUGCCAAACUGCUUUCUCUUCUUGCAGCUUAAAGAGCCAAUAGGGGCUGACAUUUCCCCCUUUCCCAAAGUAUUUUUCACUUUUUCAGACAAUAAACUGCUGUUAGAGUUCCUCCUUUUUGCCCUUAUCAGCUGGGGAGGUUUCUGCUUCUUAGGUACGCAGCUAAAGUUCCAAGAGGCCACUUGGGCCUUCUCAAGGAUUAGCAGUUUGCAGGCUGCCUGGCAGUUGCAUCUGCUGGUGUUUUAGCAGACCUUUUCUGUCAGAAUGUCUCCCAGGAUUGCCAGGUUACCUCCAUGGCUGCUCUGGCCACUGAGAAGGAGAGGCAAGGCUCUGGCGUGCCCUUGAAGACAAAGGGAGGUCCUUCAGGCACACUGGCACUCUGGGACACACCACAGAGCCACAGGGAGGUCCCAAGAGGGUGUGAGGGCACACAGAGGCCUUGGGGCAUCCAAGAGGACUCAGGUGCCCGGGCCUCACGCCCUCUGCCCUGGAGACGCCUUCCCCCUUCUGGCCCAGGUGACAAGUCACAGCAGGGCCCUUUGUGACUCGCCCCUGGGACAGCCAUGACUACCCAGCACCAGCAGGGCAGCCCCACAGUGCCCAGGAGGAUCACAAUGGGACAAGGCAAGAGUUGUGAGGCUCCUGAAGAUGCCCCAAAGGGCAUUGAAGAUCUUGCCCUGGCGGGGAUGCUAUUACUUGCCCCCAGGAUCCUGAUGGCUGAGAAGGGUGGCAGGUCUCCUGCAGAUUCUUUGGGGGAAACCCAUCUGCUCCAGGAGGACGCUGCUUCUGCUGCCUCCAGCAGGCCGCUGGAGGCCAAGGACAAGGAAGCCUGUGACUACUUCUGGGCUUUUCUCACUGGCACCCAAAUGGAAGAGGACUCAAAGCUGAAGUUUCUGGCCUCGAUCUGCACCCUCUGCGGCGCCAGGCUGGAGGGGAGGUACCUGCCCAAUGGCAAACUGGGAGCGGAGAAGAAGAUGCAACUGCCUAAGUCAUCCUCUGCCCACCUGCACGCCGUGAUGUUCCUGGGCUGGCAAGCUGCGUACGCCAUCACUGAAAGGAGCAAAGAGAACCUAGCAGUGCUGUCACAGCACCUCGGCCCCUGCAUCAACACCAUCUGCUCUCUUGCUCCAGAGAGGGAGAGGGGCAAGUUGGACACUUCAGUUUAUGCUCAGAUUCUGAAAUCUCUGGACAGCGUGCUGGAAGUGCUGGUGUGUGCUUCGCCAGGCUACACUGCCACCACCUUGGAGAUCAUCUUGCAGGUCUGUCCCCAAGGCCGCGACGGGUCAGACCCGCUUUCCAGGCUCUUCUCUUGUUCAGGAGAAGCCUGGGCACAUUGUGUAAACUCUGCCCGGCGUUUGGCAGAACUGCCGCUACGGGAGCUGCCACCGCAUCCCAAGGCAGACCAGCAGCUUUUCUCUUCUCAGGCCCUGCUGCCCUUCACAGAAUCCCAGAAAGCGGCAGUGCGUCGGUGUGCCGUGGGGAGGAUUGUCAGACUGAGCGAGGUCCUGGUCCCCGCUUCUCUGGUGCAGGACUUGUCCAGACACAGAGCGGGCACGGUCAACCUUUGCCCCUUCCAGACGAAGCCUGUGCCACUCCUGGGGCAGCUGAUGGGGUGCCUCACCCUGUGCUGUGCUGAGGAGGACCACAACAUCAGCUGUGCGUCUGCAGAGGCUCUGCAUGCCAUCCACAGGAUCAUGAUGGUGCGACAGAGCUACAUGAUGAUACCUGCCCAUCCAAAGCUCAGGCUGGAGGAGGAAUGCCCAAGCACCUUCCUGCCCAAGGAGACUGCUAACGAGAUGACGGUAUUUGGCAGCUUCCUCCUCCCCAUCGAGAGGAGGGCCUUCAUCCUCACCGUCUUGGAGGGCAUGACACACCCCAGGGUCGCUGACACAAAGGUGGUUGCCCGUGUGUUGGAUAUGAUCACAGACUCACAGAUGGAGGAGGUGCCAUGGGUCAUGCAGAUCAUCCAUGACUGCCUGGUGUCGGUCAGCAAGGAGUCACUCCUAGACAGCCUGAACAGGACCCUUUUCCAGAUCACCUCCUUGGACCCUGAGCAUGCGGUCCAGGGCCUGCUGGAGGCCUUCCCGUGGUGCGAUAGGUAUGGGGCCCACCCAUCCACCUCUGGCACAGCUCAGGACGCCCAGGGCCGGCACAGGCCGAGGGGCGGUGGCUGGGGUGGCCCCACCGACAGCAUACUUUGUCUCUGCAGGGUUGCCACGGCCAUGUGGCAGACAAUGGUCUCUGAGCCCCGUGUUGCAGAGGACGUGCUGAGAAGCCUGCUGAUGCAACGCACAGGGCCUGAGCACGAUGGCUUCGGCCCACACCACAGCUGCGUCCGUUCCUGGGCUGUAACCAGUGCCAUGCACAAGAUCUUCCAGCUGCCCUCCAGCAAAGGCGUUGUGCAGUCCCUGUUCCACAAGUUCUACAUUGCCGUGCUCUUCCAGAUCUCCUUCAUCCACGAGUGCACACUGCAGGACUUCAGCAUGAGCAGCAGUCAGACGGGGGAGCGCAUGUGGCCUCCAGGCAGCUUUCUCAGGACUGCUGUGAUGACCAUGAGAGCGCUUUUCCAACACCUGAAGGGUGCCACUUUGGUUGAAGACAUCCAGACGCAGGGUGGCUGGGACAUGCUUUUAAGCCCUGAGACCUUCCACACAGGUGUCGCUGUGCUGACUAGGGCUCUGCGAAGCAAAGCACCACUCUACUGUGCCUCGAUGUUUGAAGAGGCAGUCACGGGUCUCUGCCAAAGAUGGAAGCACAAGGAGAUCGUCGCCAUGGCUGUCUUCACGGAGUUGCUGGACUGCGUAGACUUUGAGCAGCACAUCGAUGACUGCAUCCUGAACCUUCUUGAGUCACACAUGCACAGUCAGUCCUCGGUGCUGCGUAGGAUGGCGGUCACAAGCCUCGUCCUGCUGUCUACGAGACCCAAGACAGCAGUAACUCUGCAAGGCCUGCUGCCAGAGGUCAUGCAGCAACUGCAGGAUGCCGACAGCGACAUCAGUAUGAAGGCCCUGACUGUCCUCCGCAACACACUCCGCCUGGCAGAUGGGCAGGUGGCUGGCCCCAUCGCUCUGCAGCUGCCUGAGAGGCUCCUGCCUCUCUUUGAAAACGAGUCCAGCUGCGUGAGAGAGCUCUCCAUCCUUCUCUGCAAGGAUGCCAUGGAGGUGGCAGAGGGCACCCAUGAAGUGGAGAUGAAGAAGCAAGUGCAGAGCACCCUCCUCCCCCUCUUCUUCCACCUGCAUGACCAGAACCAGUGUGUGGCUCAGGCCUCUCGGGAAGCCCUCCUUGGUGCUGCCAAGCUCCUGAAGUGGAAGCAGCUCAGGAACCUGCUGGAGACAGCGCAGCCACAGAGGGUUGGCAAGUGCCUGCUGGUGAGGCACAGCAGCAGAGUGGAUGAUUACCUGUGCCAGAGCCUGCCAUACCUGUGGAGCCCCCAGGAGCCCCUGCAAGAGGCGGCCGUCAGGUUCAUUGGGCUUGCCGGGCAGCACUUGAUGGAUGGGCGCGAGGAGAAGCUGGAGAACAUCAUCGAGGCACUCAGAAGCAUGGAGGGCUACAGCAGCCCUUCGGUCUCCUCCCUGGUGACUGAAACCAUCCUGGUCCUGAGAACACCCUCUGAAUUCAGCCUGCAAGCGCUACGUUACUGGCUCCGGAGAGAGUGGGAGAGGAGGCCCCGUGUCCCGAGAGCUGGCUGGCUGUGCUGCUGCAGCUGUGCUCAGUGCUGACCCCAGCUCCAGCCCUCGGGCCCUGCCUGCCCCUUCGUGUGCUCCCUUGGUGUAAGCCCUCUGCUGGGCUUUCCCCAAAGAAACAGCCCUCUUUCUUCACCGCUUGAACGUGUCAUUUUUUUUGUGAAAACCGAACGGUUAGAAAACUCCACGGCACCAAGCUGCUCUGCUAGGCUGCGAAACCAAGAAGAAAGGAGAAGGAAAGCUUUUGCUUCCCUGGCCACAGCGUGUUAGAGCAACCCACCGCCUCGGCGUUCCUGGGCCUCGGGCCAUUUUGCUAGGAACAGCACAAGUUUAGAGCGAGCCUGAUGGUACGGAACUGAUAGAUUGCAUGGCCAGCCCUGAGUCUAACUGACAACCUACUCACGUCCCCUGGAUGAACUUUGCUCAUUAUAAUCUCAAUAAAAUGCCAAAAUACACCUCCAUUCCAAAGGCUACCCGCCUCCAAGGCGCAACUACCUCUCACUGAGCACGCGCUCCGAAUUUCCCUGAGCGAAAACAAAAGCGAGAAAAAUUUAUACCAAUCACAACGAAGACACAUAUGACUAGAGUCACUCACUACCUAGAAGCAGGAACGUAGGCUGAGCUGUCACCCCCCAGGAGAACACACCGGGCUGUGACACGCCUUACGCGGGCCAAAGCGACAGUGACGACGGGGUCAGUCGCUGCACAGCGACCGAGGCAGCCGCCCGGCGGCGCAGGACUACAGUUCCCAGCAUGCCUCGGGACGGAGCAGCCCACCUGACCC